GGUAUAUUUCUUAUAAAUAUAGGAUUUAACGCGUGCAGAACACACAUACGGAAUGGACGCGAAACAAAUAUUCUUUGUGUUAUUUGCAUCUGUAGUAGUUCACGGAAGCUAUGAUUUCCGUCCGGACUACGAGUACCAUGCGUCAGCUGGGGGCUGGUUUAAGCUUCACUUGGUGCCUGCCACGUGGAGUGACGCGCGAUUCAUAUGCGACUUCGAAGGAGCUGUGUUAGCUUCGCCUAUAAAUGUGGCUGUCAAUAAUGUGAUGCAGAGCAUUGUUAAUAUGAGUGAUCACUUGUCCUUCAAUGAGGUGUACACAGGAGUCAGCAAUGAAAUAGUUAACUGCAUGUGUCAGAGUAUAGAAGGAGUACCCUUGUCGGCGAUGCCGAUUCCAAUGAAAGGAAUUUAUUAUGAACAGUACGAUUAUAGCAAGCAGUAUUGCUUGCGCCUCCGGGUCCAGGGGUUGUACUACGCAGACAGGUGCAGCGAGGCGCUCCCCUACAUAUGUUUCAAGAAGAAGACUGCAGAACUGCGCGUCACCGAAUGUGGGACCGUCGACACAGGUUAUCAGCUUAAUGCCAAAACCGGACACUGCUACAAGUUCCAUGAAUACGCCAUGUCGUGGUCGUUGGCGUACCUGAGGUGUGUCGCUGAGGGCGGCCAGCUGGUUGUCAUUAACAGUGCCGCGGAAGCUGACGUCGUUAAGGCACUUUUCGCAAAAUAUCCGGCAAAAUCUAUUAAGAAAGGGUCUGAACCUGUAAAUGUAAUAUUUGUCGGUUUCCGUGACUUAAAUCAAAGCAACGUCUGGAGAACCAUCAAUGGGCAGAGCCUGGAAGAAGCUGGUUACGCAAAUUGGGCUGCUGGUGAGCCCAACAACGUGAUAAACCAGAAACAGUAUCACGGCGCUAUGUACCGCGAGGGUGGACUUGACGAUUAUAAUCAUGAUGUACCCGCUCCGUUUAUAUGCGAGAAGCAUCCCCACAACAUCGUCCCAGUCCCGAACAAUUGUUAAAGGUUGUAAAUGAAUGGCGCUAUUCGGAUAAUGCCGCGCACGAGGUGAUUUUAAAAUAUCUUUGAUGUAAAAAUUUGUGUGCCUUACGACUCGAUGUAUCAAUGGGAAUAAAUUUUUCUUUUGUUUAAUAA